CUGGACCCAAGGAGCGGCCUGAGCCCCUGGGGAGACGUUGGGAGCGGCCGUCCUCAGCCUGAACAACCUAGCUGCCGCGUCGUCACAGCCGCUGGCCGCCAUCCAAGCUGGAUCAGAGUAAUGACUAACUGAGCUUCCUCCCGCAGGGCGGAAACAGUUAAACUCCUGUGACAGCUGCAAUCAUCGAGGCGUGGCUUUCUUGUCUGACUUGGGCCGCACAAGAUCCUGGGACAAGGGGCAGAGGAAGGACGGCUCCGGCUCCAGCGUCUUCCAGAUGGCUGAGUUGGAUCUGAUGGACCCAGGGCCACCGCCUGGGAUCCUGGCUCACCCUCUGGCCACUGUCAGCCCAGACCCUGGGUCAGGCAGCCUGGCGGAAGAAGAGGACAUGGGAUCCCUGGGGAGCCCUCAGGCGGAGACGGAGGGACAGGGAAGUGACUCUGCAGGGCAGGGGGAUCCUGACGGUGAGGGGGAGGCGGAGAUCCUAUGUGACUUCUGCCUCGGGACUGGCAGGGUGAAGGCGGUUAAGUCCUGCCUGACCUGCAUGGUGAAUUAUUGCGAGGAGCACCUGCGGCCUCACCAGGAGAACAGCAGACUGCACAGCCACCAGCUGAUCGAGCCCGUGAAGGACCGGGACCUGCGCACCUGCCCUGCCCACCACAGCCCACUGGUCGCCUUCUGCCGCCCCGACGGGCAGUGCAUCUGCCAGGAGUGUGGCCAGGACGAGCACAAGGGCCAUUCCUCGGUUUCCUUGGAUGCUGCCCGGAGGGACAAGGAGGCUGAGCUUCGGGACACCCAGUUAGAGCUGGAACGGAAGCUGAAGUUGAAUGAAAACGCCAUCGCCAGGCUCCAAGCCAAUCACAAAUCCGUUUUGCUGUCGGUGUCAGAGGUGAAGGCGGUGGCCGAGGAGCAGUUUGGGGAGCUGCUUGCCGCCAUGAGGAAGGCCCAGGCCGACGUGAUGCUCUUCUUGGAGGAGAAGGAGCAAGCAGCUCUGAACCAGGCCAACGGCAUCAAGACACACCUGGAGCACCGGAGUGCACAGAUGGAGAAGAGCCGGCAGGAGCUGGAGAGGAUUGCUGCCAUCAGCAACACCGUCCUGUUCCUGGAGGAGUACUGCAAGUUUAAGAACACUGAGGACAGUGCCUUCCCUAGUGUUUACAUUGGACUCAAGGACAAGCUCUCGGGCAUCCGCCGGGUCAUCACAGACUCCACGGUGCACUUAGUUCAGUUGCUGCAAAACUACAAGGAGAAGCUCCAGGAUUUCUCCAAGGAAGAGGAGUAUGAUAUCAGCACUCAGGUGUCUGCUGUUGUCAAGCGCAAGUAUUGGACCUCAAAACCCGAGCCCAGCACCAGGCAGCAGUUCCUCCAAUAUGCAUGUGACAUCUCUUUUGACCCGGACACGGCGCACAGGUAUCUCCGGCUGCAGGAGGACAAUCGCAAGGUCACCAACACCACGCCCUGGGAGCACCCCUACCCAGAUCUCCCCAGCAGGUUCGUGCACUGGCGGCAGGUGCUGUCCACACAGAGCCUUUACCUGCACAGGUACUAUUUCGAGGUAGAGAUCUCUGGAGCCGGCACUUAUGUUGGCCUGACCUGCAAAGGCAUCGACCGGAAAGGGGAGGAGCGCAAUGGUUGCAUUUCUGGAAACAACUUCUCCUGGAGCCUCCACUGGAACGGGAAGGAGUUCACAGCCUGGCACAGCGACACGGAAACCCCGCUCAAAGCCAGCCCUUUCCGGAGGCUGGGGAUCUACGUGGACUUUCUGGGGGGGAUCCUCUCCUUCUAUGGGGUAGAGCCCGAUGCCAUGACUCUGAUUCACAAGUUUGAGUGCAAGUUUUCAGAGCCAGUCUACCCUGCCUUCUGGCUUUCCAAGAAGGAAAACACCAUCCGGAUCGUGGAUCUGGGGGUGGAGCCUGAGAAACCCAUGCCAGUAGGCUCUGGUCAUCUCAGAAUCAUGGAAAACCUGGACCCAAGGCUCAGGAAUGCCCCGUAUUUCCGUUGUGAGAAGGGAGACAGUUCUGUCCCCGUGUGUCAAGAAUGCGAAACAUGUGUCUUGGCUUGGAAUAUCUUCUCGACCAAACAGUGGUUCCGGAGGAUAGGAGAGGUGCCCCGGAGAAAGUUUCUGGUGAGCAUCCUGGAGCAGCUGGGUAGCCUCUACUUGCUGCACUAUUUUCAGAAUAUCCUUCAGACCACGCAGGGGAAGGAUUUCAUCUACAGCCGGUCCCGGAUCAACCUCAGCAGGAAGGAGGGGAAGAUGGUCAGGUCUUCCUUGAACCAGAUGUUGGAUAAAACCGUGGAGCAGAAGAUGCGGCAGAUCUUGUCCUGGUUUGCGAGAAGCACCCACCGGACCAAGGCGAAUUACACGCUCUUUCUCCUGCAGAUGUGUGACCCCAAGCUGCUGCUGACCGCUGCCAAUGUCAUCAGGGUCCUGUCUCUGAGACAGUGGAACAACGUCGCGGACUACAACGUGCCGUAUGAGACCUCGGAUGUUUUUUGGGCAGCCAGCACCAAGACUGCAUCCUUCCCUUUGUCCAGAGCUUCAGGAAAAGAAAAUUCGCUUGAAAACAGGAGGGGCGAAGCAUCUAAUACUGAUGGACAAUGGAAGAGUUCCAUCCAGUGCAUUUUAGAGAUGAAUAGCCUGUUUUCCGGAAAAGCAGGCCUGUCAAAGGCUGAAUACACGCCCUCCAAUCUGUUGGUUGACUUGGAUGUCGUCAAAGACCUGUCCUCCGGGGUCAGCAAAUACCGGGACUUCAUCCGUUCCCUGCCCGUUCACCUCUCCAAAUAUAUUCUAAGUAUGCUGGAUAAAAACAGCCUGAACAGGUGUGCCUCCGUGAGCCAGCACUGGGCCAUGCUGGUCCAGCAGGUCAAGAUGGAAUUGUCGAUGCAUCCUUUCAUUCAGAGCCAUAUCACCUUCUUGCAGGGAUCCUACACAAAGGGAAUCGAUCCUAACUAUGCCAACAAGCUUUUUAUCCCAGUUCCUAAAAUAACCGAUAACGGGAAGUGCAUACGUGUGAAAAAUCAGAAAUUGAAACUCAGAACAAAGAAUGACUACAACCUGUGGGCCGCAUACCAGAACCAGGAAACUCAGCAGGUCCUAAUGGAGGAGAGAAAUAUCUUCUGUGGGACUUAUAAUAUCCGUAUCCUCUCAGACACGUGGGACCGAAACAGAGUCAUCCACUAUUCUGGGGGAGAUCUGGUCGCAGUGUCAUCCAACCGGAAAAUCCAGCUUCUAGAUGUCAUACAAGUAAAGGAGUUACCCACUGAGUUCCGAGGCCAUGCUGGGAGUGUCCGCACCCUCUUCUUGUGUGAGGAGGAGAACUUUCUACUGAGCGGGAGUUAUGACCUGAGUAUCAGAUCCUGGGAUCUGAAAAGUGGGGCUUGUAUACGAAUCUUCAAUGGCCACCAGGGGACAGUCACAUGCAUGGAUUUAUAUAAGAACAGGCUCGUAUCUGGAGCAAGAGAUUGCCAGGUGAAAGAGUGGGAUAUAGAGACAGGGAAGUGUCUGAAGACAUUUAAACACAAAGACCCCAUCUUGGCCACCAAGAUCAAUGACACCUACAUCGUGAGCAGCUGUGAGCGAGGGUUAGUCAAAGUAUGGCACGUUGUCUCAGCCCAGUUGGUAAAGACUCUCAGUGGCCACGAGGGAGCCGUGAAGUGUCUCUGCUGUGACCAGUGGCAUCUCCUCUCGGGAAGUACUGAUGGCCUGGUUAUGGCCUGGAGCAUGGUGGGAAAGUACGAGCGGUGCCUCAUGGCCUACAAGCAUCCAAAGUAG